GAUGCUACCGUUAAAGGAUCCUUUGAAACUUCUCAAAAAUUCAGGAAGAUUUUAAAUGCGAAACUGGAGUCUAUGGCACUGUAAGUAUAAAGAAUCCUGUUUUGGAAUGUAUACGUUGUAUGCAAUGUUCGUGUCUCAAAGAAGGGGAUUGGGCACUGUGCGACUGCUGCUGUCGCUUCUGCUCCUCGCAGCCUGGGAAGCCGGGAGCGGCCAAGUCUACUACUCCGUCUCCGAGGAGGCCAAACACGGCACCUUCGUGGGCCGCAUCGCGCAGGACCUGGGGCUGGAGCUGGUGGAGCUGGUGCCGCGCCUGUUCCGUGUGGCGUCCAAGGGACGCGGGGAUCUUCUGGAGGUAAAUCUGCAGAAUGGCAUUUUGUUUGUGAAUUCUCGGAUCGACCGGGAGGAGCUGUGCGGGCGGAGUGCGGAGUGCAGCAUCCACCUGGAGGUGAUCGUGGACAGGCCGCUGCAGGUGUUCCACGUGGAGGUAGAAGUAAAGGAUAUUAAUGAUAAUCCACCUGUGUUCCCUCUCAGAGAACAAAAGCUGCUGAUUUCCGAAUCUAAGCAACCAGACUCGAAGUUUCCUCUAGAGGGAGCUUCUGAUGCCGAUAUAGGAGAGAAUGCUCAAUUGACCUACAGACUAAGUCAAAAUGAGUACUUUUCUUUAGAAUUACCAACAAAUAAUAAGCAGUCUAAAAGGCUGUCACUUACAUUAAAGAAGUCUCUGGAUAGAGAGGAAACUCCAGAACUUAAUUUGCUACUGACAGCUGCAGAUAAAGGGAAACCGGAGCUCACUGGCACUAUUCAGCUGUUGGUCCACGUCUUGGAUAUUAACGACAAUGAUCCGGAAUUUGAACAAUCAGAAUACAAGCUGAGAUUGAUGGAAAACACAGCUAAAGAAACUAUUGUGAUAAAGUUAAAUGCCACAGACCGAGAUGAAGGAGUCAAUGGGGAGGUAACAUAUUCCUUGAUGUCCAUUAAGCCUAAUGGAAAACCCUUAUUUACAUUAAAUGAAAAUAAUGGAGAAGUGAGAAUCAAUGGAACUUUAGAUUAUGAAGAAAACAAAUUUUAUGAAAUUGAAGUACAGGCCACAGAUAAGGGGAAUCCCCCAAUGGCAGGUCAUUGUACAAUCUGGGUCGAAAUCUUAGAUGCCAAUGAUAAUGCCCCUGAAGUCACUGUGACUUCCCUGUCUCUACCAGUUCGAGAGGACACUCAGCCAAGCACCGUCAUUGCGCUGAUCAGUGUAUCUGAUCGAGACUCUGGUGCCAACGGACAGGUGACCUGCUCACUAACGCCCCAAGUCCCCUUCAAGAUCAUAUCCACAUUCAAGAACUACUAUUCGCUGGUGCUGGACAGCUCUUUGGACCAGAAGUCGGAGAGGAAAGGCAGGACGCAGAAUCAAACCACCCUGGCCAGGUGA